AUGCUAAUAACUUAUCUUGUUCUUAGUUACGUAGCUUGUGCUACCGCUCACUCCACGGCCAAUGACCAAAAGCCCUUAUCCGGGCCUCACCAAGCUUUAUGGUAUAAUGUUCUACCCGGAGAUGGCGGUACACAGGCGGACUCAGUAUUCUCUGGAAUUUCAACAUUUGGCCGUCUGCCCUAUCAGCCUUGUCUAACUCAAGACGAUGCCAACUAUGACUUAGCUUUCAUAGGCGCUCCAUUUGACACCGGAACUUCUUACCGGCCCGGGGCGCGAUUUGGUCCGUCUGGUAUUCGCCAAGGAUCGCGACGCCUCAAUCUUUACGGAGGAUAUAACGUCCCCCUAGACACAAACCCCUUUAACGGGUGGGCGAAAGUUCUGGAUUGUGGCGACAUCCCCGUGACGUCCUAUGACAACACAUGGGCUCUAAAGCAAAUCGAAGAAGGGCACUACAACAUCCUAUCCCGUGCGCCAAAGACAGCCGCGGAGAAGCCAGGGCCAUCUAAAAACGGGAAGACUCUACCGCGGGUCAUCACACUCGGUGGCGACCACACCAUUACUCUCCCCUUACUCCGCUCCAUCAACCGAGCGUAUGGUCCCGUAUCAGUAAUCCACUUCGACAGCCAUCUAGAUACAUGGCGACCCAAAGUCUUCGGCGGCUCCCCCUCCGAAGUCGCUAGCAUAAACCACGGGACAUACUUCUACCACGCAGCACAAGAAGGUCUAUUAUCCAACGACAGCAACAUCCACGCCGGGAUCCGCACCACGCUCUCCGGGCCCAGCGACUACGAAAACGACGGGUACUGCGGUUUUGAAAUCGUGGAAGCGCGGGAAAUCGAUCAAAUCGGAACCGAUGGCAUUAUCAACAAGAUUGUGGAGAGAGUAGGGACGAAGGAUCCAGUUUAUUUGUCGCUGGAUAUAGAUACGCUAGAUCCGGCUUUCGCGCCCGCGACAGGAACGCCGGAGACGGGUGGGUGGAGUACGAGGGAGUUGCGUACGAUUUUGAGGGGGUUGGAGGGGGUUAAUUUGAUUGCGGCGGAUAUUGUUGAGGUCGCUCCCGCUUACGACACGAACGCUGAGCAUACUACCAUGGCUGCCGCGGAUGCGCUUUAUGAGAUCAUGAGUAUUAUGCUUAAGAAAGGGCCGCUUAGCAAUAUGGUUGCUAGCAACGCGGAGCAGGAGUUGUGA